AUGGCACUUGCUACAUUUUACGUGUAUGUGGUGCUUUCAGUUUGCUAUCUCCCGAUAUCUUGUGUUGUUUUUGCCAAGAUCAAUGGUGAAACUGCCUUGUUAUAUCAUUUAGAGUAUUACACAUUGACUCUUGUGUAUCUCAACUCAUCCCUCAAUCCCUUGAUUUACUGUUGGAAGAUGAGACACAUUCGGCAAACUGUUAUGGAAAUACUGCGAAAUAUUUUUGCGAUUGGUUCUCACUAAAGAUAGGAUCUACGUCAGAAAAAUACAGAUGGAAAAAUGACACUUAAAAUAUAAAAGGAACCUAAGACUUCUUGGACCUUCUGUUUAAAAGCCUCAGAGAUAUGAUCGAGUAUGAUAAGUUCAUGGUAUUUUUGUUUGGAAUAAUUAACAGAUUAAGGAAACUCUGAAAUAUUAAUAUGUAGCAAAGUAAGAUAGAGGGUAAAAGUGCUAAGCGAAUUAGGAUGAAUGAUUGUGACUUGAUAUAUAGAAUAAUAAAUAGCUAGUGGGCUGAGUUUUCUAAAUUUCUUGGGCAAAAAGAUCAGUGCACAGUUCAGAUCAGUUAAGGGUCUUUAAAAGUUUAAUGGAUUUUGUUAACCAUAGUGCAUGCAAUCAACAUAAAACGAAACAAUAAAAGAGAGUGGAAAGAGCAAAACUACAUCAAUAAAUCUUCCACACCGAGAGUGAUAAAAAGACCAACCGUUAUUAUAUAAGCAGGGGCACCCAGCGACUUUUUUCUGUAAAAUACGAAGGAGCAAAUAUUGCCUAGAAACUUCUAAAGCUCGUGAAAAGCCAAAACGUUCUGAGUAGCUUAACUGCGACUUUCGGAGGUUGUGUUAGUCGCAUUUUAGUACCAAGAUAUUGCGAUUAUUUUUAAAAAAAGGUCUCCUAAAACUUUCGGUGCAACGACAAAACGUCCCCUGAAAUUUUCGAAUGAAAGCAAGGCUACUUCAUGUCCUCGUACUUUCGACCGGACGCACAAGGGUAGCCAACACAUACUUUCGGAUGAGACGAAAAAGCCACCUAAAACUUUCGUGAUGACCAAAGUUCGCCUAAGACAUUCGAACAGAAAAGAAAUAGUUUUUAGGGCAACUCCAAAUUAUCCCAACAGGCUUCUAAAGCACAACGAAAACCAUUUGAUACACUUCUGGCGUAUUUGGAAACAUCUGGUCGUUGGGUGUUCCUGUAUAAUAAUAAUAAUAAUAAUAAUAAUAAAAAAACAACAACAACCCUUGGUGUUCAUAGCUACUUUCGUAUUGCACUCCGAUAACCUCUAUUUGCAUUCUAUAAGCCAUUUAUGCAUUCCUCAUCGACCAAUCAGAAAACUCAUAUUUUGUUGCGUAUAUAAGAAUAAUAAAAGUAAUAAUAAUAAUAAUAACAAUAAUAAUAAUAAUACAACCUUUUUUGAGAAGGAAGGAAACUAGUGGUAACAAAUAUAGUUGAAAAUAUAUUACAAUACUUGAAAUUAAUUCAUAUCAAUAAUAAAAGUUCCUGUACAAAAUUAUGAAAAUGUUAUAAAGAAUGGUAAAAAUGCACCGUUCAAUCAUGUUUCUUAAUUUGUCUAGUCAAGAAAUAUCUCAGUAAUAAGAUCGUGCAGCUUUUAAAAUUUUGGACUGGGAGAAAUUUAAAACUUCCUUCCACAGCUAAGGACACCGAUUGGAGUAAAUGAUGGCUAAUUGAAAUCAUAAUACCGUUUAAAACAUCAUAAUAUCUGCUUCCUCCGCAGACGCUUCAUUUUCUUUGCAAACGUCGAUAAAAUGACUCCAUUAUGAAGCAAAGAGCUUCUUGCACUGAGAUUAGGGACUGAGAACCAAAAGGUUUGAGGAUGCAAUUAAGUAACUGAAGUCUAGGAUUGACGGACCUAAGAACACAGGUUGAUUUGUUCAAGUUGAGCGUCUUGUAAGCAACUAUCGAUACGUGCGUAAGAGGAAUUUAAAAUAACGCUGAAACUUUACAAAAGACCGUAUUUAAUAUUUUGAUAGGAAUUUAGUAAGAUGAUCGCUAAAUAAAAAUGAUGAUGAAGACGCUUAUGUGCACUGGCCGAGUAUAAAGCAGGGGUUAGUCCCUAUACGAGGCUAUCUUUUUAGAGUAAGGUGUUGUCGACUGAAUUAAUUUAUAUUUUUAUAAAACAGGUGGGGAGGAGGAGAAUUGCUUUCUUUACACAGGUUGAAAACUAAGAGGUUGGGGGAAGAGUUAAAGUGAUUCCAAAAAAUUAACAAUAAACAAAUUAACAAUAAACAAAUAUAGAAUUUUAAACAAAUCGAUAUUUUUACCCGGUUGUUAAACUAAAAUGUGUAUUCUCCUACACACUGUUUUCCCGUUAGCUGGUUAGAAGCGCUAUUUCAUAAUCAUGACAGUUUCUCAACAAUUUUUGUCUCAAUCAGAGGGAGGAACAGUAUUCUCUUGAUUAUUUCGACUACGCAUUAAAUUGCGAGCAAUGAGGACUGACUUUCCUCAAUAUUACUAAAUAAAUCCUGAAGAAACUGGAGUUAAUAUGACUUAGGGUUCGUUAGUUGCAUCAGAUGAGUUUAAUUACCACGACCCAUUAAGUUAUUAAGUUAAUAAACCAUAGUACAGUCCACCACCGAUAAUUCGAACCUUCAAGGGAAAUAGAAAAAAGUUCGAGUUAUCGGGAGUUCGAGUUAUCGAGGGUAAAAUUAUAUGGGAAAUGAUCUGAAGGGAACUGAAAAUUGCUUUGAGUUAACGGAAGGUUCGAGUUAUAGAGGGUUCGAGUUACUGGGAGUCUACUGUAUUUAACGUGUCUUUGUUUUGAAACCUAAGCUAAGAAAGUUUUUUUUUAUGAGUAAUAAGUUUCUUCUCUCAACUCCUCAGACUCGUCUUAGAUCACAGUUAAUCAAAAGGUGUAGAUAUUUUUUGCUUUGGUCCGGCAAACAUGUUGGAUCAGGGUCUCCGACCUAAUAGUCCGUACUUCCUCUAAACCAUCGCUAAACUUAGUUUCUGUUUAACUGUGUAUUUACGAUUCACUGCAAACCAGCUGCCGUUUCUACUUUAAUAUCGCGUCAGUAGUUUCAAAUAACUUUCUUCCAUUUGACUAACGAACUUCGACAAUUACAAGCUCGACCUAUCGCGUUUCGGCUAAAAGGAAAAUGAAUUCAAAUUUCUGAGUGAUCAGGACGUCAUAUUCAUAUUCUGAAUCCCUUGCUGGUGAGAUUUCAGAUGUUAUGAGCACAACUUAAGGACUUUUUUACUAUUGACGCGGAAAAAUCAACAGCUCACUUAAACCCAACUGCCAUCGAAGGAAGAACAAUGGAACACUGAAAACUUUUUGGGAAUGUUCAGAGCGAAGAAUUAUUGACAGUGUCAGCCUUACUCAAAAAAGAAAACAUUUUCAAAGCUCUUCAAAAGUUCUAUACAAAACAGAUGGCAAUCGCUAACGGUUUGUAUACGGUUCUUGUCGUUAACUGCGUCAUCAACGCUAUCUUGUCUUUCACUGCCAUCGUGUUAAACAUCAUAACAAUACAAGCGCUCAGGAAAACUUCGUCGUUGUCGAAGACUUUGAAAACAUUGCUACUAAGCCUUGCUAUUUCUGAUGUGGGUGUUGGCUUAGUUGCCCAGCCACUGUAUGCUGCAAGUCUUGCGAUGAAGAUAGAACAAAACACGAACAACAUUGCUUUUCAUACAGUAGAGAAAGCUUAUUUAAUCCCGACCAAAUUAUUUGGUUUUGCUUCGUAUUUUGGUGUUGUCUUGUUAACUGUUGACAGGUUCUUGGCAAUCCAUCUCCAUCUCAGAUAUCAGGAACUUGUGACUUACAAACGUGUUGUUGUCGUAGUGAUUUCAGUCUGGUUAAGUGCAUUAAUUAGCUUCCUCAGUUUGAGUAUGGGUCCAGUGGCUUUGUCCAUUGUAUUAGGAACCAUUUUAGUUGUAUGUGUCGUAAUUACAGGGAUACUUUAUUGCAAGAUAUACGCAGCAGUGAGAUAUCACACAAAUCAAAUGCACGCUUUGCAGGUACAGCAAGUAGCACAGAACGAAGACAUGGCGAAUGCUGCAAGGCAGAUAAAAACUGCACUUGCUACUUUCUACGUUUAUGUGGUGUUUUUAGCUUGCUAUUUGCCAAUAUCCUGUGUUCAGCUUGCCAUGAUCAGUGGUGAAACUGCCUUGCUAUCUUACUUAUGCUAUUUUACAUUGACUCUUGUGUAUCUAAAUUCAUCUCUCAAUCCCUUGAUCUACUGUUGGAAGAUGAGACACAUUCGACAAACUGUUAUGGAAAUACUUCGAAAUAUUCUGACGAUUGGUCAGCAUUAAAAAAAUAAUAUAACUCAGAAUGACUCGCCUUUUUCCUCCGAUGAAAUAAAAGCUUGCCAGCAAUACAGUGGGAAUUGACACUUAACACAUAAACCGGACCUGAAACAUCUUGCAGUUUCUGUUUAAAAACUAAAGAUAUAUAUACAUGUAUAUGAUCGGGUAUAAAUUCAUGAGAUUUGACAUCAGUUUCCUUUGGAAUAAUAAACAGAUAAGGGAAGCUCUCAAACAAAAUUUCUCAAAGCCUGGGAGAGGGUAAAAUGCUAAGUGGCUUAUUAUGAAUAUGUGACUUUAAAUUAAUACAUAGAGGGCCAAGGUUAAUUUUCCAAAUUUCGUGGGAAAAAAGGUUUGUGUACAGUAAAGGGUGUUAAAACGUCUACUAGACUCUGCUAACCACAGGGCAUGCAAUCAACAGGGGCACCCAACAACAAGGUAUGUGAAAGGGAUACCAUGUGUCAAUAAAAGGGGUAGGUGUUUUGCCAUAGUUUCAGAGUAAGAACUUUUUGAAACUACAAGAAUAUUCUAGUGUUGAUGAUUCUGAAAGUCCAAUCUUUUUAUAGUAAGGUGAUGAUGACUUAAAUAUCAGGGCUGGAAAGGGGUAUCAACAAAAUUUUAUAAAAACACCUAUCUAAACAGUUGGGAGGGGGGGGGGGCAAUUGCUUUCUAACUAAGAGGGUGGAGGAAGAGUUAGAGUGGUUCCAAAAGAGGUAAUUAAGUAAACAACCGGAAAUAUGUAAAAGAACAGACGAAUUAGCAAUAAAGAAAAAAAUUACGUGUAAUACAAAUAGUUAUUUUUCCUCGAUUGUUAAACUAAAAGGUGUAUUCUGCUACACAUUGUUUUCCUGUUAGUUGGUUAGGAGCCCUAUUUCAUAAUCAUGACAGUUUCUCAACAAUAUAUGUUGCAAUGGAGGGAGGAACAGUAUCCUCUUGUUUAAUUCGACUACGCAUUAAAGUGCGAGAGAUAAUAACAUGGCUGACUUUCCUUAAUAUUACUCAAAAAACUGAAGAAACUGGAGUUAAUAUGACUUAGGUUUCGUUAGUUGCUUAAUAAAGUAUAGUAUAUUGUUUUGGAAUACAUUUCAAUAAAAUGAAAUUGAAACAUUGAAACGAGUUGAUUGCAGUUUUUAGGGCAUAUAUUGCUUUUUUGCAACAUGAUUACUCAUCCAACUGCUGUACGUCGUGUUGGCUGGCUUCAUUAAGCUGUGACUACGAAGGGUAUCAGUUAUUUAACAUUCGGAUCAUUUGCAACUGACGAAGCUUUGACACAUAUGACAGCAUGAUUUGUUAAGCUAGGAAAGUUUUUUAUGAGUAAUAAGUUUCUUCUCUCAACUCCUCAGACUCGUCUUAGAUCACAGUUAAUCAAAAGGUGUGGAUAUUUCUUGCUUUGGUCCGGCAAAUAUGUUCGAUUGGUCUCAGUCCUAAUAGUCCGCAUUUCCUCUAAACCAUCGCUAACUUUUUUCUGUUUGACGGAACAACUUUACGUUGGGUUUACAUGCGGAAAUUUCAGUCCGUGUGGUGCCCAAAUAUGGACGGUUCGAGAAGGAAUUAAUAAUGGCGGGAGACAAAAACAAACACGCAGCUUGGGCCCUUCCGCUCUUUUUACGGGCGCCAAUAAUUACCUUUCUGCAGAAUUAUGACAGCAAUACGCUCGUGGUAACGCUAAACGAAAUGGCCUGUUUUGUGCCUAGUACUAGGAUCGUGCUAGUAAAGGCAGUUUACAUGGAGCUAGGAUCUUCCUACCUGUUAGCUAAGAAGAUCCAACCGCUAGGGACAAGUACAACCCAUAUGGCGAGAGAGGAAGAUCCUAGUACCAGGAACAUCCUAGAAAGCGGAUCAUCCUAGCGCCAUAUGUUUUGUGUAUUCGGUUUACAUGCGCUAGGAUCUUCCUAGCUGAGAGGUAGGAACAUCCUAGCACUAAGAAGAUCCUAGUACUAGGGACAAACCACACAAAUAUGGCGUCGGAUCGCCUGUUCAGUGGGUAAUCUUUAAUUUUUAAUUCCUUCUCUACUGUUAACCUCACGGACUGAAAUUUUUGCAUGUAAACGCAACCAAAAGUUGUUUCGCCUUCUAGGAUCUUCCUAAUACUGAGAUCUUCCUCCCGUCAUGUAAACAGGUCCUUAGACAAGAAAAGCGUUCUAAUAAGACUGACAAGGCUUAAUCUUGGGUGAAACUUAACCAUCUUUCGAGGAACCCGGGGCCCAGUUUAGAACGAGAGGUUCCUUGACCUCCAUUCAUGAUGACAGUAUUGUAGCCAUGAUCAGCUGGAAAGAAAAUUACUCAUUGCGAGCUGGAAAAAUUGUUGCAGUGAGUCCAAGCAAGUAAAGAAGAAAUAAGUAAUUCUACUUUUUACGGUUCCCAACUGCUUGUAAUCAUUUGCUAUUCUGUUUACUUAUCACCCAUUCCCCGUAGGAAAUGUUUUCUCGUUCAGCGAGGUUAUUUAACAGCUGACACUUGAUUUUUCCGCUAAUUCCCUCGCUACGAUCACUCGCUCCUGUUCCCCAGUCAUUAGGCUUUUUCCCUGAAACUGUCAAUUUGCAUCGGCCUUCUUUGAAUUAACACUUAAUUUUGCCCCUUUUUAUAUCUGCAACUUUGCGAUAAUUAUGAUCCUUAAGCUGUUUUCUGAUAUCAGGCGAGACUGAAACUUGCAGAUGCGUUCAGUUGACUAUGUUAAUAUGGCUUUGAGGUUAUCGAAUUGUCGCGGACGAUUGAUUAAGAAAAACUUAACUUUGGGUGAAUAAAACACGGGAUAUUCAAUAUUAAACAUUCUAAUCAUUUGCGACUGAUUACACUUUGUCUUAUUAGAAUGGAAAUUUGUUCAAAAAUAGUUUACAACGCAUUUCUCAACCCCUUUUCUCGUUCAGUUUUUAUUUUCGGGAAAGGUGGUACUCUCUAUGCGUAUUUCCGACGAAAUCGAAGUCGCGACCAUCGCUAUUGAUAAAACAACGAUCUUAGAGAUUAGACGAUCGCAUUGCCACUCCGAUGAAGUUUGACCACGUUAGUCUUUCGAUGACGGCAAAGAAAUCUGCCAAAAAGUGUACUGCAUGUUCAAAGUUUUGUUUGCUCAUUAAUUUUGCUUUUUGUAUUUUCUCGUUUCCCUCGUUGUCCUUGUCGUGGUUGCUCAACCUCGCAAAACCAUUCUCGAUAUAAGACCAUUUCGUUGAAAAACCGCCGAUUUGAUGAAAAACGCGUGAUUAAAGCGACGUCCCCAGGUACCCAUGAGACACUCAAAGGUCUUUCUUUAAAGACCUGUAUCAAAAAAAAACAAAAAACGCUUUCUAAUAAUUAGCUCUUAGCGAGUUAAUCGUCUCUUUCGCUACAAAAGUAUUUCGUUUUAUUCUUUUUCAGCCUUUACACAUUUUCGACUUCGAGCAGCUGCUACAUUGCUCUGCCGGGAAGACUACACCGCUGUAAAUGGACUCAAGAUACGUCAGUAACGUUGAAAUUAAUAUUGUCUUCUCCAAUUUGACUGACUUUUUAACACCCUUAAAAAUGGACCUAUCGUUAUUCUUAACAGGAAAACAUAUUCACAUUUUUGUAUGAUGAGCACGUCACAUUUAAAUUUUCCUCUCUCUGUUAAGAGCGAAACAAGUUCAUAUUUCAGUACAGCGAUUACCCUGAGUGGACUCAAACUAAUUUUUACACGGUUGCAAACAAACAAAAGGGCGGAAGACGACAGUAUUAGUUAGCUACGGUCAAUAAUUAGAGAAACCGUAGGGAAACAUAUCGCUGGUGAAAUUCUAGAGACUGUUCCGUUAGUGAAGCGAAGAAGCAUUUCCUCAGAAACACCUGCAAGACCCUUUAACGUUGUAUUCUACCACAGAACCUAAAAGCUCUUUAUUAGCACUUUAUACAAUGACGGAAGCUAAAGGUUUGCAUUCAACGCUUGUCGUUAACUGCGUCUUAAACUCUUUCCUAUCUUCGACCGCCAUUCUGUUGAACAUCAUAACGAUACAAGCGCUGAGAAAAACGCCGUCGUUGUCGAAACCUUUAAAAACAUUGCUCCUGAGUCUGGCUGUUUCUGAUCUGGGUGUUGGCUUUCUGGUUCAACCCACUUAUGUUGCAGUUCUUGUAAUGAAAAUGAAACAAAACGCUGACAACGGGACUUAUUACACUAUAUUUGACGCAUUCUACGAAGUCCAGAACUUUUUAUUUGUUUUUGCUUCGUUUUUUGGUGUUUUCGCUUUAACUGUUGACAGAUUCUUGGCGAUUCAUCUUCAUCUCAGAUACCAGGAACUUGUGACUCACAAGCGGGUUGUUGCUGUAGUGAGCUCAGUCUGGGUUUUAAGUACCUUAAUUGCCUUGCUUGCUUUGAAAUGGAUACAGGUUCUCGGCUUUAUCUUCGCAACCAUUAAUGUUGUGUGUUACAUAACUACAGGCCUUUUUUAUUGCAAGAUAUACGCUGUCAUUCGGCACCACGCAAACCAGAUAAACGCUCUGCAACAAUCAGCACAGAAUGAAGACAUGGCGAAUGCUGCAAGGCUGAGAAAAACUGCAGUUGCUACAUUUUAUGUGUAUUUGGUGUUUUUAGUUUGCUAUUUACCAAGAUUUUGUACUGGUGUUGCAAGAAUCCAUGGUGAAACUCCCUUGUUAUUACUUUUAUCGGAGUUUAGUUAUACCUUUGUGUAUCUGAAUUCAUCUCUCAAUCCGCUGAUCUACUGUUGGAAGAUGAGAAAUAUUCGUCAAACUGUCAAGAACAUACUACAAAGCAUCUUUCCCUGUGGUGCCUAAAUAGAAGCUAUAUCUCAGAACAAUUCUACUCUUUCUCAGAGGAAAAAAAAACCCUUAUUAACGGCAAUAAAGUUUUUAAAAACAUGACGUACUAAAACUUGUGAUGCUAUCUGUGCGGGAUUACUUUUUCUUCUACAGACCUUGAAAAUUUAAAGAUCAUACAAGAGAUGGCAAAAAAUGUAUCUUUAUCGGAAUACCUUGGAUUAUUUGUUGUAAGUAAUCUAGCAGUUCUUGAUCAAGUACAGUUGCAAUAUAUUGCAAUGAAUAGAAUCAAUUUAUAUCAUUGAAGUUACCAAAAAAUGUUGAAAGUGUUAUUAAAAAUACUGAAACACUUAUUUUUGAGUCUUUCAUUUCUUACUUUUCUGCUUUCUGAGUACAGAAAUUGCUUAUGUAUUAGAUCAUCCCUGAAACUUCGGUUUCGGCCUGGGAGGGGCGACAAACGUUGUUCAGGGGGACUCAUUGAAACAGAGAUCCUUAAAUGAAAUCAUAAUACCAGAAAUACUUAGAUAAUUAUAUAGAGAUAAACAAGGCCGGGCUAUGAGAUCUUAAAUGGAAAUGUCAGUCAAUGGCAUGGCUCCAAUCAGUGAAGCAAAGACAUGUCAACUACAGCAAGAGCAACAACAACGAAGAAAGAGGAAUGCAUUUUCUCCACAGCUUCCAUCAUCUCACAAAUUUCAGUUCACGCUGUUUUUCCAGCUGGUGGUUACUGAUUACGAGUCAUUGACUGCAUGUAUGAGUAGCUAGUCUCUGUUAUUUACAUCCUACUUUUUCAAGUUAACAUGACAGCUUUCCUAUAAUUUCACUUGACCAUAUUUUAAUCAAAGACUCUCCUUUUUAUUUGAUGCGCCAGUCUUAAAAGGCCCAUUAUUAGGACGAACCAUUAAGUGAACCUGACCAACCUUAAUAAGGCUGAUAUUGUUUUUGAACACAUUUCAAAUACUGAAAUCAACUAUGAAAUUUAUCAAAGCUAACUGUAAAUAAGAAACAUAUCGCUUUUUAUCAACGUUAUUUACUCAUCAGUAAAAUGACAUGUCGUGUUGGCUGAUUUUUUAAAAGCCGGAUUUAUUAAAAGAUAUUCAUUUUUAAACAUUCUCAUCAUUUGCCACUGAUUUAGGCAUCGACUAGACUGAUUAUUUGGUAAAAUAACAACGUAAUACGCCUUUGCUUUCGACCUCUUUUAUUUCAACGUUUUUAAAAGUUUUCGAUAAACACAUGGCUGCCCACUUAAAUAUUGACAGUGAACUGCUCACUGUGAAGUUAAAUCCAAUUGCGUCGUCAGUAUGAAGUUCUAAUAACUUUCUUCCCUUUCACCUGGUAAACUUAAUUGCUUAUAAAUGAUCGACCUAUCGUUUGAGUUUAAAGAGAAAAAAAUUCAAAUUUUUGUUUGAUAAUGACAUCACAUGAAUUUGUUUUAAGACCGACAGCUUUUAUUGAAAACUAUUACAUAUUUCAGAUCUUAUACGAGUGAACUCAAAGCUUCUUAGAACUGCAAACAGGAAAACAAAAGCUAUCCGGCAUGCAUGGAGAGAGUCGGAGGAAGUAGAGGAACAAUUCGCGAACCUCUGAAGAUUGUUCUGUCGUGGAGAAUUUUCAGCGUUAGUCUCACUCAGAAACGGAUGACAUCUCAAAACCAGUUAAAUUCUUUACAUAUUGUAGAAACCAAGCACUGAUCACUGAGGGUUAUGUACAAAAGAUGGCAAGUACUAAAGGCUUGUAUCCGACUCUUGUUGCUAACGCCGUCAUUAACGCUUUGUUGUCUCCCGCCUCCGUCGUGCUGAACAUCAUAACUGUACAAGCGCUUAGAAAAACGCCGUCGAUACCAACGACUUUAAAAACAUUGCUACUAAGCCUGGCUGUUUCUGAUCUGGGUGUGGGCUUGCUUGUCCAACCAAUGUAUGUUGCAAGACUUGUGAUGGAAAUAAAACAACACAGUGACAACAUUGUUUAUCAUGGCGUAGAUAUCGCAUUGACCGUUCAAGCCAAUAUAUUGUCCUUUGCUUCGUAUAUUGGUAUCGUCGCUUUAACUGUUGACAGAUUCUUGGCGAUUCAUCUUCAUCUCAGAUACCAGGAACUUGUGACUCACAAGCGUGUUGUUGCUGUAGUAAGCUCAGUCUGGGUGUCAAGUGGAGUAAUUGCCUUGCUCGGUCAGUUCUCUUCGCGUCUAAUUUUGUCAGCUUUCCAAGGCACCAUUACAACUAUCUGUUUCAUAAUCACAGGAAUAUUUUACUGCAAGAUAUACACAGCUGUGAGACACCACUCAAAUCAAAUCCAUGCCCUUCAAGCAACACAGAAUGAAGACAUGGUGAAUGCCGCAAGGGUGCAAAAAUCUGCACUUGCUACAUUCUAUGUUUAUGUGGUGUUUUUAGUUUGCUAUUUGCCAAUUAGUUGUGCUGGUAUUGCCAAGACCAUUGCUGAAACUACCUUUGUAUCUCAUUUAUGGUAUUUUACAUUCACUCUUGUGUUUCUCAACUCAUCCCUCAAUCCCUUGAUCUACUGCUGGAAGAUGAGACACAUUCGACAAACUGUUAUGGAUAUACUUCAAAACAUCUUUCCAUGAGGUCCCCAAAGAAAUUAAGGCUCUAUUAACUCUGCCUGUUUUGCUUUAAUGAAAACAAAAGCUUGUUAGCAAUGCAGUUGGAAAAAUGACGCUAAAUAUAAACUGGACCUGAAACCUUUCAAAACAAUCUGUUUGGAAGCCAAAUUUGUAUUUAUGACCGAGUAUCAGGGGCACCCAACGAGAAUUAGUUCAAAACCACUUAAACAUAGAAUUGUUAAACGUAUUUUAGUAUUUAAACGGUAGAUAUAGGUAUAUUUUUAUCCCCUAGAAAUUUUUCAUCUGUUCGGAUUUCCUAGCUGAAAGUCAAGUGAUACGAAAAUUAUAGGAUCAAAACUUACCUUUUCGAAAAUUUUAGCCAGAAAAAAGGCUCCCGAAAAUUCUAGGUGACCUUUUUAGGGUAAAAAUCCGUUAACAAUAGGCAAUUAUACCAUUUUUCAGAUGUCCGAAAAUCCUAGGAGAGGCAGGCAAGCAAGAAAUUGUAUAACAAAUGUUCCGAAAAUUCUAGAUCUCAAAUCGUCUUCCGAACAGAUAUUUUUCCGAAAGUGCUCGUUGGGUGCCCCUAGAGUAUUUGAACAUUGUAUUUGCGCCUGAUUUGGCGCAAACUCUUGCGAAAGAUUGAAAGUUUUGUGAAGACUCAGAAAUGAAAACUCAGAGAGGUAGACGAGUGCCUGAGUGCAAAAAUGCGGGGUGGUUUCCGUCGAACAAUUAUUGACUUUAAAUUAAAAAGAGAGCCGAAUUUUUAGAAUUCAUUUGUUGUAAAUUAAGGUGGCCCGAACCUAUUUAUAUGGGCGUUGGUUAUGUUUUAAAAUCGCGUUUUUCGGCAGAAAAGAUUUAGCCGAUUUCUUUGAUUUUUAGUAUCCUUAAUAAACAAUGGUCGAACUUUAAGAAACUGUUAUUUAUUUUCUUGUAGAUAAAAAAACGUUUGAGAUAUUAGCAUGUGUUUAAAACCACAUUUUUACAAAAAAUGUCGAUAACUUGGAAACCCUAAGACCGUCCAGAUUUUCCUCUAACUUUAGCAAAUAAGCCUCAGAGCUCUCUAGUUUUAUAUCUGCAAGUUUGAAGCAAUCGUGACCGUAGAACGCGCUGCACAAAUAGCUGGUGAAAUUUAACCUUAAAAUGCAACUCUAACACAUUUCUGAAAGUUGACACGCAAAUAGAGGAAAACUGCCGACAGGCUAUCUCCUAUCUGCAAGGGUAUUCUUGCCCAAAGCUUUAGUUGCAAGAAACUGGGUAAUCAGAAACCUGCGGCGAAUACAGUUCGCAAUGCAAGUAGAACAACCGUUUAUGCUGAAUGCGGGAGGGAUAAGCGAACAUCUAUUUAUCAAAGUUACUGUGUAUUUGCCCUUCUCUUUUCCAAAAAAACUUUCAAGAAAGCAAGAUAUAGCAUUUACGGAAAUCUCCUACCAGUUUUUAGCAUCGAAGAUUCCCGUCAUGAGGAGAAAUAAACUGAGCCACCAACUCCAGUACUUCAAUCGAUCCAAUUUCAGCUGCAACGAAAACACUUGUAUUAGGUAAUUUAUCCAAGCUUGUACGAUUUGCCAUCACAUUAGCACGGGCAGUUUGCCACUGGGGAUAAUGAAAAGAAUAAGACGAUUGUCAUAUUUUCUUCAUCUUUAUCCCCAAGCGGCAAAUUUCCCGUGCGAAUGUGAUGUCAAGUCUAAAAAGCUUGAAUAAAUUACCAAGCGCAAGGGCUUUCAGUGCAGCUGAAAAAUGGACGGUUAGAAGUAAUGGAGUUGGUCGCUUUAUUUCUCCUGAAAACGGAAACCUGCGACGCUAAAAACUCUUGAGAGUUUUUCGUAGAUGCUAUAUUUUGCCUUGUUAGGAUAGGUAUCGAAAAGAGAGGGACAAAUACAAAGUAAGUUUGAUGAAUGGAAGUUUUUUUUAUCUUGCCCUGCAUUCAGCAUAAAGUUGUUCUUCUUCCUUUGCAAACUGUAUUCGCCGUAGGUUUUUGAUAAGCCAGUUUCUUGCAACUGAAGCUUUGGGCAACAAGACCCUUGCACGUGGGAGAUAGCCUGUCGGCAGUUUUCCUUUGUUUGUGCGUCAACUUUCACAAAUGUGUUAGCGUUGCAUUUUAAGGUUAAACUUGACCAGCUGUUUGUGCAGCGAGUUUUUAAGGUUGCGAUUGACAUCAAACUUGCAGAUAUAAAUCUAGAGAGCUCUGAGGUUUAUUUGCUGAAGUUAGAGAAAAAUCUGUCUUAGGGUUUCGAAAUUAUUGAUAUUUUUUGUAAAAAUGUGGUUUUAUACAUAUGUCGAUAUCUCAAACGUUUUAAUACCUUCAAGAAAAUAAAUAACGGUUUCUUAGAAUUCGACCAUGUUUUAUUCCGGGGCUUUAUUAAGGAUGCCAAGAAUUAUAGAAAUCGGUCAAAUCUUACCUGCCGAAAAACGCGUUUCAAAAACAUAACCAUCGCGCAUAUAAAUAGGUUCGGGCCACCAAAAAAAAAAAAAGAAAAAGAACCAAAAAUAUAUCUGAAUAACUUUCUCAUUAAAUGCUGCAAGAGCAGCAGGAGAGGCAAAAAAUCCACAUGGUUUAUGAUAAAUAAUAUAUUUUAGUAAAAAUCCAACUAGUGGUCUACUAUCAAUGCUGCGUUCUGAUUGGUUGAUCUACUAGGAUAUAUGUUAUACUGAAUUCUGCGAAGCUGAUCGUACUACUUGAAAAAUAACUUUGCAAGACAUCAACACGACACCGAAAGAACCAAAAACAGAGAGGGGUCGUAGCCGUAGAUAACUGUGUCGCCCUUUUGGGGGCUCGUCACUGCGGCGCAACGAACAGAGAGGCUCUGCCGUAAAAUUCCCGCACACUCUGUUUUAAAGUACUGACAUGAACUCAAACACUCACAGAAUUACGCCAUAUAUGUUAUAGCCCACUAGUAGCAAAAAGGAGUAAUUGUUAAAUAGCUCAUUAAGAAAGUAAAUGAGAGUAGAAGUUCUUGAUCGACGUUUAGUUAACAGGUACAGCUAGAGAAUAUAUUGCAAUCAAUAGAAUUGAUUCUUAUUAAUAAAAAUUCUGUCAAAAAAGUUAAUCUUAUAAUGGGUGGUAAACAUUUUUCGUUUGUGACGACACAUGCAAUCACGUAAUCAGAUGAUGCCCUCUUUUUCGUCCAAGUUUUCAACCUAUACAGGUUUCGUUGGUCAUACCUAUCAUGUGCUGCUGGUUACACUUGAACACGCAACACCGGAUGAUUGGUUACUUCUUGUAAACCUUUCUUUGGAUGGAAGAGGAUAAUUUUUCCCUCAUCUCCUCGCGCUCCUUUAGUUGAAGGACACGUGACCAUAUAAAUUAUUAUUUAUUUGUUUUAAUGAACUAUCAGUUCAUUUUUUGCCCGAGGGCAGCAAAUGAGUUGGUUUGGAGCCUUUUCCUUAAGGUCUGUUUGACUUUGAAUUUGCCAUCCAAUGCAAACCAGCUGCCUAACAAGUUAAAUGUCGCGUCAGCAGUUUCAAGUACUUUUACUAGAAAGACUGGGUCUUUCUAUCAUCCAUGAUUUGACUGACGAAAUUCAACAGUUACAAAGCUCGACGAUUAGACGAUCGUAUUGCCAUUCCGAUCAAGUUUGACAAUUAACGUUAAAACUGCCAAAAAUCGUGCUGCAUGUUCAAAGUUUUGUUUUACUUAUUACUUCUGCUUUUAUUAUUUUCUCGUUCCCUUAGUUGUCGUUGUCGUGGUUGCUCGACCUCGCAAAAUCAUUCUCAAUAUGCAACCAUUUCGUUGAAAAACCGACGAUUUGAUGAAAAACGCGCGACAAAAACGAUGUCCGCAGGUACCCAAAGAGAGACUCAAAGGUCUCCCUUUAAAGACCUGUAACCAAAAAAAAAACAUUAUAAUAAGCAGCUCUUGGCGAGUUAAUCGUCUCUAUCGUGACAAAAGCGUUUCGUUUUAUUUAUAUAAGCCUUUUUGCACCGUUUUCGACAACGAAUAGCUGCCUUAUUUCUCUGGGAUGAACCGCUGUAAAUGAACUCCAAAUUCGUCAAUAACGGUCUCAAAUAAUGUUGUCUUUUCCUUUUUGACUGACUUAUUUCAACACUUAUAAAAAUGGACCUACCGUUAUUAUUAAAAGGAAAACAUAUUCACAUUUUUGUAUAAUGAGCACAUCACAUUUAAAUUUUCCGCUUUCUGUUAGAGGAAAGGUCUCAUUUAUUUCAAACGACUGAGUUCAUAUUUCGGUCCAGCAAAACGCUGAAAAUGGUGCUUUUUACAUAAUAUUUGACGCAUUCUACGUCCAGAGCUCUUUAUUUGGUUUUGCUUCCUUUUUUGGCGUUUUAGCGUCAACCGUUGACAGAUUCUUGGCAAUCCAUCUUCAUCUCAGAGAACAGGAACUUGUGACUCACAAGCGGGUUGUUGCUGUAGUGAGUUCAGUCUGGGUUUUAAGUGCCUUUACCAGUGCCUUGCUUGGUUUGAAAUGGAUACGGAUUCUUGGCUUUAUCUCAAUCCAAUUGCCAUCAGAGGAAGAAUAGUGGAACAUUGAGAGCUUCUUAGGUCUGUUCAACUAUUCCCGCAACGAAUCAUUUCCAGUGUCAGUCUUACUUGAAAGAGAAAACAGUUGCAGAGCUAUUCAGGCUAUUCAAAAGCCGAUUCCGUACAAAGACAGAAACGUAAUGAUGGAAACUGAAAGUUUUCGAGAAGGCUGUCGCUGAACAUGAAUCAAACUGAGUUCUCUCUUUAGUCCAGUUGCCAUCGAGCAAAGGAAGAAUGCAGAAUGACGGAAGCUGAAGGUUUUGCAGAAGGUUUGCACCCGACUCUUGUCGCUAGCUGCGCCAUCAACGCUUUUUCGUCUUUCACUGCCAUCGUAUUGAAUGUCAUAACAAUACAAGCGCUCCGAAAAACGGCGUCGUUGUCAAAGACUUUAAAAACAUUGCUCCUGAGUCUGGCUGUUUCUGAUCUUGGAGUUGGUUUGCUUGCUCAACCUAUCUAUAUAGCAACUCUUGUAAUAAAAAUUGAUCAAAGUACGCUAUUUGGAUGCAGCGUUCAAUUUACUUCCCGUAUUCUUCGACUUCUUGGAUAUGUAUUUUUGCCUGCUUCAUUUUUUGGCAUUUUCGCUUUAAGUGUUGACAGAUUCUUAGCCAUUCAUCUUCAUCUCAGAUACCAGGAAGUUGUGACAUUCAAGCGAAUUGUUGCCUUAGUGAUCUCAAUAUGGGUGCUCAGUUCAGCUCUUUCGGUACUUGCUUUGAACAAAAAUUUAGAGAAAGUUCUCUCCUCUGUUAUUGGAAUCAUUGCGUCAGUUUGUCUAAUAAUUGCAGGAGUUCUUUGCUGCAAAAUGCACGCAGUUGUUCGACGCCAUAGAAAUGAAAUUAAUAGCGCUCUGCAAGUACAACAAGUAGCACAGAAUGGAAAACUGGCAAGUGACGCAAGGCUGAAAAAAACUGCACUUGCUACAUUUUAUAUGUAUAUCGUGUUUUUGGGAUGUUAUGUGCCACACUUUUGCGUGAGAGCUGCUUCUAUAAACUCCGGUGAGUCUGUGUUGCGACAGCAUCUGUUUUAUUGCUUUUUGACACUGAUGUAUCUUAAUUCAUCUCUCAAUCCUUUGGUCUACUGUUGGAAGAUGCGAAACAUUCGACAGGCUGUGAUGACUGUACUUCGUAACCUCUUUCAAAGUCAGUAAGGCUUACCAAAGUCAAAGAUAGGUAUAAGGCAACAUUUGAACCUCUUCAAGGAGACCACACCAGAAAAGCAAUACGCUGGAAGGCCGUUCCAAGAACCUGAAAUAAAAGAAUGCUGUUCUAAUAACUUAAAGCGCUAUUAUGCUUUUUUAUAUAAAAAGGACAUAAAACGCCCUAACCGAAAGGAAGAGCUUCAGUCUCUCUGUCACUCCAACCUCAUUUUCUUCAACGUGUCCUACCACCACCUAUACUUCACUAACACACUAAUUUACUGACUCUUCUCCACUGAUUAAAGAAUGCUAAACUGAUUUGUCAUACUGAUAUAUAUAUAACGCUAUACAGUCACUCUUCUCAUCUAAACCAGGAACUCCGUUUUGCUUCUUCCUCGUUUCUUUGUUACCCUUUGUUACCCGGUAUCUUUCAGUUAACUACUCUACUCCACUUAGGCCCACCCCGGCCCUUUCGACCUUGCCCUUUAAACUUACUAGAGAAGGUUUUCAAAGGAUGUAAUUGUCUUCAUUUCCUAUUUACUUCUUGUUUCUGUAAUUUCCAAACAUUCAAAACUUACCCAGUCGGCGGGUUUGUUUUGACCAUAGUGCAUGCAAUCAAACCAUUUUUCAAUGUCAUUGUCAAAGAUAAAUAAUUAAUAUUUGAUCUUUGCUUUAGUUCGUUAACUUAGCGCUUGGUAAAGAACGGCUCCUGAGGCAGUUAACAAAUCAGUUGCAGUUUAUUUUAAGAAAGAUUAUCAUUGAUCGGUGAUUAAGACGAAGCCGGCGAAGAAGAGUCGACCUUCUUUUAGGAAUAGGUUUUGUUUGUGCGGGGGACUUAGUAUAAAGACCAGUAGUUUGUUUAUUUUGCCUGUGCAAAUGUAGCGUCAAAAAUUUGCAAACGAGGUUGUUGGCAAGGGAAUAUUGUUUUUUUCUUUUUGCCGAGAAACCUUGAGGAAAAGUGGUCGUAUUAAGUGCCUCGAUCGUGUUUUUGAGAAUAACAGAUUUGAUGAGCGCGGGUAAAAUGUUUGCGGAUUACAGCCUAGGCCGAGUGAGAAAUUCAGCACAUAGGGACACUGAGGUUAUGAUGUUAUAUAAUGGCAUAUUUUAAACAUUUUAAACACACAACUUAUUUAGAUAAAUUAGAUUGUUGACUUCAUAUUAAAAUAACAACCUAUUACGCCUUUGUACUCAACCUCUUUUCCCCUGAAAUGAACUAUUUUAUUUUUUCCUUUUCAGCCUUCUUGCGUUUUUCGAUAAACACAUAUUAAACUUCUAUCAGUUGCCUCAGUAGUUUAAUAGCUUUCUUCCGAUCCAUUUCACGUGGCAAACUUAAAUGCUUAUAAAUACUUGUUUGAGUUUAAAGUAAAUUGUAUUCAAAUUUUUGUUUGAUGAGGACAUCAUAAAAUUGAAUUUCCAAUAGUAUUUUUUAGACCCACAGAUGUUUUAGAUCCACUAUAUAUUUUAGAUUCUUCGAGUAUUCGGCUCAAACUUUCUUAAAAAUGAUUACAAACAGGAAAAAUAGAAAUUGCCAAUUUAAUAAUCAGUAUACCAGGAAGGUAACAAGAUUUAUCAUUCAUGUAGUCUCGUGAAGAGUCUUCUACGAUAGUCAGUCUCGUUCGAACACGCAAAACACCUCUAGAGCCCAAUUAAGUUCUUUGCAGCUAUAGAAAUGAGCUGAAUUAAGACUGAUCAAUAAAAAAAAACUCACUGCACUUUUGUUCCCAGCCUCUCCCCCCCUCCCCUGAAAUGAACUAUCUUAUUCUUUUUUACUUUUGCUUUCUCGCAAUUUUUUAAAAAACACAUAGCCUCGAGUACCACUAAUGCACUGUGGACUGCUGUGGAUUUAACUUCAAUCGGUUGCUUGGUCAUGAUAGUUCUAACGACUUUUUUCCGUUUCACUUGGUACACUUAAUUGCUUAUAAAAGCUCUAACUAUUGUUUGAGUUUAAAGGAAAAUGUAUUUAAAGGGCGAGCAUCAUUAAACUGAAUUUCUAAUUCAGUGUUAGGACCGACAGUUUUGAUUGAAAACGACUGGAUAUUACAGAUCCCUCAAGUGAACAAGCUCAAUCUUUCUUACCAAACUAUUACACCUAUACUACUGGAAAAAACUCUAAUACUGGGCCAAUCCUAUAAUCAGUUAUUCUGGGAGGAAAUGCAAUGGACAUUCAUUGUUUAGUAAGCCUUGCGAAGAAUCUUUAAGAAUCAGUCUCGUUCGAGUACGGAAAACACCUUCAGAGUCCGAUUAAGUUCUUUGCAGUAACUGAACAUUACUCAGGGUCACCUACAAAAAGAUGACAAUAACUAACGACUUGCAUUCAACUCUGGUAGUUAACUGCGUCUUCAACGCUUUCAUGUCUUCCACUACCAUCUUGUUAAACAUCAUAACAAUACAAGCGCUCAGAAAAGUGUCGUCGUUCCCGAGGACUUUAAAAAUCUUGUUACUAAUCUUAACUAUUUCUGAUCUGGGUGUAGGCUUACUUGUCCAACCACUGUACGUGGCUCAUCUCGUGACGAUCAUAGAGCAGCGCAAUAACAAUAGUGCUUAUGAUACAAUGAGCAAGGCAUAUUUUAUACUGAGCAAUUUAUUUGCUUUAAAGUCGUUUUUAGGCGUUGUUACUUUAACUGUGGACAGAUUCUUGGCCAUUCAUCUUCAUCUCAGAUAUCAGGAACUUGUGACUACCAAGCGUGGUGUUGCUGUAGAAUUCUCAGCCUGGGUUUUAAGUGCAUCAAUUUCCUUCAUUUCCUUGUAUUCGUUUGAGAUUUCUUCUAUUAUAUCAGCAAUUAUUGUAGCUGUUUGUAUCAUAAUUACAGGUUUGCUUUACUGUAAAAUAUACGCAGCCGUAAGACACCACACAAUUCAGAUUCACGCUCUGCAAGUACAGCAAGCAGCACAGUAUCAGAAUGGAGAAACGGCAAAUGCCGCAAGGCUAAGAAAAACUGCACUUGCUACAUUUUACGUGUAUUUGUUGUUUUUAGUUUGCUAUUUGCCGGUAACCUGUGUUCUUCUUGCCGAGAAGAAUGGUAAAACUGCCUUGUUAUCGCAUUUAAGGUAUUUUACUUUUACCCUUGCGUUUGUUAAUUCAUCUCUCAAUCCUCUGAUUUACUGUUGGAAGAUGAGACACAUACGGCAAGCUGUUCUUAGCAUGCUUCGAAACAUCUUUCUGAGCGGUCACUAA